CAGCACAAGUCGGCAGGACGGCCCGUUCAACAUCAGAGGACAACCCCACCUCCGGUGAUGCCAGUUCAGAACUAAAUACAUCAAAUACAGCAGUGACCGCUGAUUCAGCGUCCCAGGCAGACUCUUUUACAUCAGCAAAAGUCAGCAGGAUGGCCCGUUCAACAUCACAGGACAACCCCACCUCCGCAGCCCAAGGCAGCACAGCACCUCCGCUCUCACCCCCUUCAGAGCCACACUCCAUUGGAAGUUUGACUGCUGAGACUGUAAACACAACAGCAGUAUUUCUGCAGUGGGAACAACCAGAAGAGUACCAGAGCACUUACUGGUACCAGGUCCAGACCUCAGGGUGUCUCACUCCUCCUCAGGCCUCCAAUACAACAAUAGAAAACAUCACCUUAACUGACCUGACACCUGGAACCAACUGUAUAUUUACAGUUUCUGUCAUAACUGAAGAUGGGGUUGAGGGAGAAGCAAAGUCCAUUUCUAAAUAUACCAAACCAGAGACUGUGCAGCCAAACAUCUCCAACAAUCAGAGCAAUGACACCAUCACCGUAUCCUGGGAGGCUCCUGCAGGAAAUGUGGAGUCAUAUGAGGUUCUCCUGAGGAGCCGCAAUGGCAACCAAACCCGUGAUGGACCGGGUGGAGGCAACCAGACUUUCACAUUUAGAAACCUGUCAGCUGGGACGAUAUACAAUGCCACUGUCAUCACAAGGAGUGGACCCUUCAAUGAAACAUCUGAGGAAAGUACAACUGCCACAUAUCCCAAUCCUCCUGAGAGUAUUACCAGAACAGAUGAAGCUACGAACUUAAUUUCCAUUGAGUGGACUCCAGCAUUCUUCAUGACCGAUGCAGAUGAUUUUAGCUACUCUGUGACCAUUUCAAACCAUUCAAAUGUGUCUAAAUAAUAUAGUACAAAAGAUUUACAAUACAAUGUGACAGAUCUCACAUCUGGAACUCCACAUGUCAUCUGUGUGAAAACAGCAGGAUCUCUUGGUUUCAACAGUGCAGGUGUUUGCCAAAAUGCCACAACUAAACCAGAGACUGUGCAGCCAAACAUCUCCAACAAUCAGAGCAAUGACACCAUCACCGUAUCCUGGGAGGCUCCUGCAGGAAAUGUGGAGUCAUAUGAGGUUCUCCUGAGGAGCCGCAAUGGCAAUCUAAGCAGCCCUGAACUGGAUGGAGGCAACCAGACUUUCACAUUUAGAAACCUGUCAGCUGGGACGAUAUACAAUGCCACUGUCAUCACAAGGAGUGGACCCUUCAUGGAGACGUCAUGGGAAAUUACCAAUGCCACAUAUCCCAAUCCUCCUGAGAGUAUUACCAUAACAUAUAAAGAUACGAACUCUACUUACAUUGAGUGGACUCCAGCAUUCUUCAUGACCGAUGCAGAUGAUUUUAGCUACUCUGUGACCAUUUCAAAUGCAUCAUAUGUGCUUAGAGUAUAUAGUACACCAGAUUUCCAAUACAAUGUGACAGAUCUCACAUCUGGAACUCCACAUAAAAUCUGUGUGAAAACAGCAGGACCACUUGGUUUCAACAGUGUAGGUGUUUGCGAAGAUGUCA